UGACCUGGAACCUAGAAGAGUGGAGAACUGACCUGGAAGCCCAAUUCCGUUCUUGAUUUGUUUAUUUUAAUGGAGAUAAUCCCCUUUUAUUUCAACUAAUUGGAGGUUCUGUUAACGGCUUGCUCCUGUCCCGGAAAAUUUGUCCUUUUCCUGGAUUUUCAUUAUGUCACCUCUCUGUGCUACUCACAUUGUGCCUGGUCAUUUUUUGGGUGGAGCUCUCCAGCACCUACGUGUUCUGAACUGGAGACAGGGAGCUUAGUUUAAUCGAGUCGAAAUAGAAACCACCCAUUACCCAAACGAGGCUCAUAAGCAGUCACCUCCACUUAUUUCUCUUAUACUCUCCCCCAAUUUCUUCUUGAGCCACAGUUCUUGAGAUCUCCAUCUUUGAGCUCUUGCUUCUUGUGUGUUAUCCCAGAUUUGUUCUUCUUGUGGACUUCGAUUUCUUUGUUCAUUGUAAAGAAAUCUUGAGAGUUUGUUUUGCUGUUGAAGAGCUCAAUAACUCAGCUUCAACUGGUUUUUUGAUUUACAUUUUUGUUGGGUUUUUGAUUUUUGUGAAAGUUUCCCUGAAAAGGGUGUUGGGUUUUCUUGAACUGGAUAGAAUUCUCUGAGUUGUGGUGCAAUUUUUAAAAACUACUUGAGGAAAGGAAAAGGAGCACCGCGCGGAUUCUUGAUUUUUCCUGGAAAGUGCUAACAGCACCAGUAUUUCAGGUUGAAGAUGUCUGUUGCUUUAUUGUCGGUUGUUUCUCCCAAUUCUGAGAUCUCUAAUUUUGGGGUCUUUGAGUCUUCCCGGGAAGGAAACCGGGUUUCCGAUUCGUCCAAAUUCAUUGCUCGCUAUAAGAGUUUGAUUUGCCAUGUUGCACUCAAGAAGAGCAAGAAGCAGAGCUGGAACUAUGGCUCUUUCUAUGCAGACUUGAGCUAUCCAAGCUUGGAUGGAUCAGGAUUGGAGAAGAAAGGAAAAUUCCCUUUACUCUCAAAUGUGGUGGCUAACCCUGCCGGGGAAAUGGCCGUCUCAUCGGAGCAGAAAGUUUAUGAUGUGGUCUUGAAACAGGCUGCUUUAGUUAAAAAGCAGCUCAAAACUGGGGAAGAUUAUGAAGUGAAGCCCGAUAUUGUUCUUCCGGGAACUCUGAGCUUGAUGACUGAAGCCUAUGACCGUUGUGGGGAAAUUUGUGCAGAGUAUGCCAAGACAUUUUACCUGGGAACAUUGUUAAUGACAUCUGAGAGGCGAAGAGCUAUCUGGGCUAUUUAUGUGUGGUGUAGGAGGACAGAUGAGCUUGUUGACGGGCAUAAUGCAUCACACAUAACACCUACAGCAUUAGACAGAUGGGAAUUAAGGCUGGAAGAUCUUUUCCAAGGACGUCCAUUUGAUAUGCUUGAUGCUGCUUUGUCAGAUACUGUGGCAAAGUUUCCUGUUGACAUUCAGCCAUUCAAAGAUAUGAUUGAAGGAAUGAGGAUGGAUCUGAAGAAGUCUAGAUACAUGAACUUUGAUGAACUAUAUCUCUAUUGUUAUUAUGUGGCUGGCACUGUUGGAUUGAUGAGUGUUCCAGUUAUGGGCAUUGCACCAGAAUCACAGGCAACAACAGAGAGUGUCUACAAUGCUGCCUUGGCUUUAGGUAUCGCGAAUCAGCUCACUAACAUUCUCAGGGAUGUUGGAGAAGAUGCAAGGAGAGGAAGGGUUUACCUACCACAAGAUGAACUAGCUCAGGCGGGGCUUUCAGAUGAAGACAUUUUUGCAGGAAAAGUAACAGAUAAAUGGAGGAGCUUUAUGAAGAAUCAAAUUAAUAGGGCAAGGAUGUUCUUCAACGAGGCAGAAAAAGGAGUUACAGAACUCAGUGCAGCAAGCAGAUGGCCGGUGUGGGCAUCGCUUCUAUUGUAUCGCCAAAUACUAGACGAGAUCGAAGCCAACGAUUACAACAACUUCACAAGAAGAGCUUUUGUUAGCAAACCCAAGAAGAUAAUUGCACUGCCAAUUGCAUAUGCAAAAUGUCUUGUUUCCCCAUCAAGAACUCCUCCAGUGAAGUUGUGAAUAGAAGAACCAUGCACUGGAAGAUAUUCUGAGACCAAUGAACUAUAUAUAUAUAUAUAUAUGUAGCAGAGAAAGGCCAAAUUAAUUUGUACAUUAGAAAUUCUUAUAAUGCAGCAAGAAUUCAUCAAGAUUAGAAAUUCUUAUAAUGCAUUAGUCAAUAGAUUUCGUGCCCUGGUUUCUCAUCUGUCCACCUUAUUUCUGGCCAAGCCUUACCUCUUCAGCUUUUCAACUAGUGUAUUGUCUGGGCUGGAUUUUGGCUAUCCAGCUGACUUGGCAGAUAUGCCUUGCUGCUUAUUGGCUUGGCAGAUAUGCUUUUUAUCCGUUUGUGCCCUCUAAAGGUCUUGUCUUGUUCCCCCCACUUUUUCCAUGUUUGGCUCCUAAUGAAAGACACUUUUUUAUGAUGGCA